GGCAGAAGAGCACUGGGCGACCUCCAGCACGCACAACAUCGUCGCGGCCAUAACACAGCCGAUCGCAGACAGGUUGGCACCGGCCGACUGUUCAAGCCAUGUAUAUCAAGACACUAACAAUCCAAGGCUUCAAAUCAUACCGCGACCAGACCCAAAUCGAACCCUUUUCUCCUAGACACAAUGUAGUCGUAGGCAGGAAUGGGUCGGGAAAGAGUAACUUCUUCGCUGCCAUUCGGUUCGUAUUAUCAGACGCCUAUACCUCAAUGUCGCGGGAGGAACGGCAGUCCCUUCUGCAUGAAGGAGUAUCUGUGGCCACGACCUUGUCAGCAUAUGUCGAAAUCAUCUUCGAUAAUUCUGACAACCGCUUCCCUACUGGCCGAGAUGAAGUGAUUCUUCGACGAACAAUUGGGUUGAAGAAGGACGAGUAUAGUCUGGACAAGAAGAGUGCCAGUAAGGCCGACGUGAUGAACCUGCUCGAGAGUGCCGGUUUCAGCAAGAGUAAUCCGUACUACAUCGUGCCCCAAGGACGGAUCACCGCCCUCACAAAUGCAAAAGAUCACGAACGCUUAGCCCUCCUCAAAGAGGUCGCAGGUACGAAGGUAUACGAACAGCGACGAACAGAAUCGCUUCGAAUCAUGGCGGAGACCGACGCAAAGCGGACUAAGAUCAACGAGUUACUGGCAUACAUCGACUCGCGACUCGCUGAGUUAGACGAGGAGAAGGAAGAACUUAAAGAGUAUCAAGAGAAAGACAAGGAACGGCGCUGUCUCGAAUAUGCACUCUAUCAACGCGAACUGGAAGAGGUCACAGAGGCAUUAGAGGAAAUCGAGGAAGAACGUAAGGGCGAAGUGCACAGUGCCAACGUGCGAAGGGAGCAGUUCACCGAGCGCGAGAAAAGGGCACAGGGCUUGGAGCAGCGAAUCUCGCAGAUCAGGACCAGUAUCACGACACUAGGGCUGACCCGCACCGGCGCACAGUCCGAGCUUACUGACCUCGUGCGAGCACGUACGGAGCUGGAAUGCACCAUCGCUGACCUUCGCCUCGCGGCUGAGCGCGCCGGAGGCAAACGUGAAGAGCUCCAAGGAGAGCUCAACAACGUCAAAUCUGAGAUCAAGGAGCGGGAAGAUUCACUAGCUGCUCUCCUACCGGACUGGGAAAGGCAACGUACGCUCGAGACAGACGAGAAAAGGAGGCUGGACGAGGCGCGUGCGCGGCUCGACGCGCUCUUUGCCAAACGUGGGCGGUUGGACCGGUUCAGAACAAGGGCCGAGCGCGACCAGUUUUUGAAGGGCGAGAUCGCGUCUAUCGACGCGUAUCGCACCUCCCAGAGUGCAGCGCUGGAUGGCCUGCGGAGGGCCCUGCAGGAGACGCGGAACUCCCUGCAGGAGAUUGGGACGAGGAAUGAAGACGACGUGGACAGGAUCGAGUCGGAGAGGCAGAGGUCCAAGGACCUCGCGGAACAAGUAUUAGGUCUCAAGGAGCAGCACGCUGAACUGACCGAGCGACGGAAGAACCUCUGGAGAGAGGAGACGAAGCUGGAUAGCUUAGUAACGCAUGCUGCUGACGAACUGAGGACUGCUGAGAGGAACUUAGCGAGCAUGAUGGACAAGGACACCGGAAUUGGUCUGCGUUCCGUCGACAGGAUUAUCGAAAGGUACAACAUGGACGGUGUCUACGGUCCUCUUUACCGCCUCUUCGAUAUCCCAGACGAGAAGUACAACAUUGCUGUUGAGUUGACCGCUGGCAACAGCCUAUUCCAUGUCGUCACGGACACAGAUGAGACUGCCAAGAGAGUGCUCGACAUCAUGAACAGAGAGAAGACCGGAAGAUUGACGUUCAUGCCGCUGAGCCGUCUGAAGUCUAAUGUUCCCGCCUACCCCGACGCCCAAGACGCAAUACCCCUCAUAGAGAAGCUGCGCUUUAAUGACGCUUACCUCAAAGCCUUCCAGCAAGUCUUCGGCAAGACCUGCGUCUGCCGCGACCUCACCAUCGCUGCCGCAUACGUGAAGAGCCAUGGCAUCAACACCAUCACGCUCGACGGUGACAAGGUCGACCGCAAAGGUGCGCUCACCGGUGGGUACCACGACGUGCGUCGCUCGCGCAUUGAGGCCAUCAAGGCUGUGACCAGCUGGAAGACGAAGCAUUCCACGGACGACAAGCGGUUGCAGGAGGUCAAGCGCACGAUCGUCACGACCGAGCAGGAGAUCACGAGGAUUACGGGCAAGAUCCAGGUGCUCAGCAACCAGCAGAUGCAGGCGCGGCACACACGCGACACCGUGGUGGACGAGAUGACCGCGCUCAGCAGGGAGAAGGAGCGCCAGACGGAGCGCGUUGCCAAGCUGGAGGGUGAUAUUGUCGAUCUCGAGACGGAGAUUGGCAGUCUUGAUGCAAGAUUGCAGAGUCUCCGCGCUGAACUAGAGAGCCCGCUUGCCCGCGGCAUGACCGAUGAGGAAGAACAAUUGAUCGAGGACUUGGGCAAGGAGGUCGAGCAGCGCCAGAAGCAGCUUUUGGAGAUUGCAAAGAAGAAGAACGAGCUGGGCAGCCGCAAGAACGGCAUCGAGAUAGAGCUGAAUGAAAGCUUGCGUCGCCGGAGAGAUGGAUUGCAGCGUAAGAUUGACGCCUUGGGCGAGGUCGAGGCUGGCGAUGCUUCCUCUGAGGAAGCUUUGGAGGCUCGCACCCGAGAGCUGCGCGAACUUAAUCGUGACAUUGAGGACGCAACUAAGAGGUCCAAUGACGCGGAAAAGGAGAUCGAGAAGCUCACGACCGAACUACAGGAGAAGCGCUCUGCUCUGGAAGCCUUGCAAAACCAGCAGUCAGACGAUAAUCGGGGCAUCUCGAAGCAGCAAAAGAGCACUGAGCGGUACCUUGCGAAGAAGCAGAUGUUGCUGAACCGAAAGGACGAGUGCGGUCGCAACGUUCGAGAUCUCGGUGUCUUGCCCGAGGAAGCCUUUGUCAAGUACACGAGCGAGAAGCUCGAUCGACUCGUGAAAAAGCUGCACGCAGUGAACGAAGGCCUGAAGAAAUUCGCCCACGUCAACAAGAAAGCGUUCGAGCAGUACAACAAUUUCACGAAGCAACGUGACCAGCUGCUGAACCGACAUGAGGACCUAGUCAAGUCAGCCGGAUCGAUCGAGGGAUUGGUAGAGUCUCUCGACCAGCGCAAGGACGAGGCCAUCGAGCGUACGUUCAAGCAAGUGGCGAGCAACUUCGAAACGGUCUUCGAGAAGCUGGUACCCGCUGGCAAGGGGAGGCUCAUCAUUCAGCGUCGGAUAGACCAGGAUGAGGAAGACGUCGAGGAAGCUGACGAGACGCAGCAAAGCUCCAUCGACAACUACACGGGUGUCUCUAUUAGGGUCUCGUUCAAUUCAAAAGUGGAUGAGGGUCUGAGGAUCCAGCAGUUGUCUGGCGGACAGAAGUCAUUGGUGGCACUGGCAACUGUCUUCGCCAUCCAAAAAUGCGACCCUGCUCCGUUCUACCUAUUUGAUGAGAUCGACGCUAAUCUGGAUGCUCAAUACCGGACUGCUGUCGCUGCCAUGAUUCAUGACCUCUCGUCCACUGCGCAAUUCAUCACGACAACGUUCAGGCCAGAGAUGCUUGUCACCGCCGACAAGUUCUACGGCGUGCUGUUCAACAACCAGAAAGUCAGCUCGAUCCGCAACAUUACUCGGGAAGAGGCUAUGGAGUUCGUCGAUCAGGAGGCGCAAGCACAGUGAUACCGUUCUCGUUGUGUUGUAUGUAUGAUAUGCUUUCGGCGUUGCUGUCGAAUGUACCGUUAUGUUCUGUUUUUGCACUGUAGCUGUAGUCACGAGAUUUUUCCCGUCCUAUCAUUAUGUGUCGCUGUACCUUCAGUAAAUCAUUGUAUUUGUCGAGCGA